CCGGCGCCUCAUGACGCGGCAACGGCAACAGCGCGUUUCUCGAAUAGAGAACUUCUCUAAGAGAUGCUUUUAUUUCUUGCUAGACAGCGGGAAUCAGAGAACAACGCAAAAAGAAUAGACAAAUACGCCGUUUCUUGUUUCAGUUCCCGGUCAUGACAUGCCAAGAGAUACGGAGCCGACAUGAGGUCCAAUUUUUCAUACUCAUGGCUCAUAGUCUCGGUCUCGGUGAGUCCAACAGCAAUAUGGUUUAUUUCGAACCUGGUAGGAAUUGAAAGGCUUCAUUAUUAUGACAGCAAGAAGCAAGGUUGACAAGAGGACUUUUAAAACCAAGAUACUUGUGGAAUUGCCUUAAAGUUACUUGGGCGUUUGUCGAACCUUUCAAAAAUAGGAAACCUACAGUAAAGUUACGUUACGCGUUGUCACUUGGAAACUAGAAAUGAAGAACAAGCCUACGUUCAUAUUUGUGUCCAUCUCGAUUUGAUCAUAUGUUUCGUAAAUAGAGGUCCCUCGGAGAAAUCAGUCACGUCCAAACUGAUGUUUUAUUCGUGCUUAUAUGGUCGCGGAAUGAAUUUCGAAGAAACCAAUCGUUGACUUAAUCCUAACCUAACAAGGUGCCUCCUCAACAGUGUCUUUGAGGUCUUUGUCAGUGAGGCUCUCCUCAUCUAUUUUGACUGUCCAUAGCCUGUUUAGAUGGAAUUCUUAGAAUCACUGCAGCAGGCAAGACUUCCAAAAUGUUUCAUGUUCAGGCUGCCAUGUAUUUGUUAUUAUGAUUAAAAAUAGAUUUUCCCAUGAAAUGCCUGAAGAAAAUGCCAAGAAAACCUUCCAAGAUCGAUCCGAAUUUUCUAUGGACAACGGCUCUUUUCCUUGUCCAGUCACUAACAGAGGAAAGUCAGUCCCUCUGAAUGAGCUUUUGGAGAAGAUACCGUUGGCAUAUAGCCCGUUAACAAAACAACUUCAUAUCAUUUACCCUAAACAAGAGAGCACUACAAUUGAAACUUGCGGUGCCUCGAAAGAAGACCAGUGUAUGAAUGAACAUGAUCCUGAAAGUAUUGCUGUGAAGAGCGGUUUGAAUGUAGAUAAACAGCUGAACAAUAUUGAACAGAUAGAGGAUGAUAUGAGCAAUGUAUCUUUUCAAGAAACCAUAAGCCCUUCUGAAGGUGAUGGGAGUUCCCUAUCAAGUGAAACAUCUCACCAACUUGAGGAAAGCUUAGUUGAUGACACUGUGAAAAGAAAGAAAAGAGGCUUGAGUAGUUUUUUCUCCAGGGGUGUUUUUUCAUGGAAAAGUAGGGACAUAUCACAAAAUUCAUCUAGUGCCGGUGCUCCUGGAUGGAAACUGUUCAGCAAGUCUGUUUUUGAACAAGCAUCCCCAACCUCUGGUGUUUCUGAUGAGAACAAUGCAACUCCAGGACCUCUGGGCUCCCCUGCAAGUUUACGGUCAGCUCAUGGAAGCAAGCGUUAUGAAGAUAUAGUUGCUAGCAGCAGUGCAUUAAUAUUGCAUGACAGACCAGCAAACUUGCCUGCCAAAUCCAUCGAUGAAGAAGCCAAACAUAAGCAAGAAUAUGAACAAAUGGUUGAGGCUGCCAAGAAAAGAGAACGGCAAGAAGCAAAGAUCAGAAAAAAGCAACAGCAACAGCAAAUUAAGACAGAGGAAAGAUUAGCACAUGCCACAAAAGUUUGGCUUAAUGAUGUUCUUCCCAAAUGGAACUCUGUUUUGAGCUGUCGUAAGAUUAGAAAUCUCUGGUGGCAAGGAAUCCCUCCAUGUGUGAGAGGGAAGGUGUGGCAACUUGCUAUUGGAAAUGAACUUAAUGUUACCCCUGAACUGUAUGAGAUUUGUGUAUCCAGAGCUCAGGAGCUGCUUAAAGCAGUAAGCAACUCCUCCAGUAAUAAUGAUUCUGUUGAAGAAAAUGAUAAUCCUGACAGACAAGCCAGUAUUGAGUUAAUUCAACUGGAUAUUUCUAGAACAUUCCCACAGUUAUGUAUAUUUCAAAAAGGUGGUCCUUAUUAUGACAUAUUGCAUAGUCUUUUGGGGGCUUAUGCAUGUUAUCGUCCAGACAUUGGUUAUGUUCAGGGUAUGUCCUUCCUUGCUGCAAUUUUGAUUCUCAACAUGGAAGAAGCGCAAGCUUUUGUAUGCUUUGCUAAUCUUCUCAAUCGCCCAUGCCACAUGGCAUUUUUCAGAUUAGACCAAUCUGUGAUGCAAGCUUAUUACUCUGUAUUUGAGCAAUUGAUGGCUGAAAACCUUCCUAGAAUACAUAGUCACUUUAUAAAAUCACACCUCACACCAGACUUGUAUCUUCUUGAUUGGAUCUACACAGUUUUUGCCAAAGCAAUGCCCCUUGAUGUAGCUUGUCGAGUUUGGGAUGUCUUUUUAAGGGAUGGCGAAGAAUUUUUAUUUCGUACUGCCCUAGGCGUUCUUCACUUACACCAAGAGCUGUUGCUAGGCUUUGACUUUCUAGCUGGAGCACAAUUUUUAACAAAAUUGCCAGAGGAUUUAAAUGCUGACAAUCUUUUUGUAUCUAUUCAAGGGAUACGAAUGCAGCACUAUGUUGAUUUACUCUCAACGUACCGUUCAACCUGUGGUGCUCCUUCAAGUGGUUCAUAUUGCAGUACGACGAAUAGUUCAGGAACAAAUACACCAGUUGAGCUUAGUUAAGUGAGCAGGGAUUUUACUUCUCGAGUUGUUAUAAUCUUGCAUGUACCAUGUGCAAUAGGUAAUGCAGCACUUUUUAUUAAAAGAAAUUCUUGAUAGACAUGUGAGCGAAUAGAGUUUAUUUAUUUUUGUAUUCAUUGCUCAAAUGACCUGUCAUUUUUUAAACGUAAUGAUAUUUUUUAUAAAGCAACAUUGAUAUUAUAUUUUGAAAAUCUCUAAUUUUAUCUCAUGACCUUGUUACAAAGAGAUCUGUAUCUUUUAGUUUUCUUUUACAGUUUGUCUUAAUUUUUAUUAUUUGUUACAGUAGUUAUUUAAGUUUUGUUAUGACCGCCAGUUUCUGCAGUAUCUGAUAAAUUUACGAGCUAAAGAGGUUUUUAUCACAGGUUGCGACAGGGAAUAGUAAGGUGUUGAGUGAAACGUUAUUACAAUACCUCAUGCUGUUAUGUCAACUCUGUGUCAUUUAUGCUUUACUAUCAACUUUUGUUUUAAUUUGUUUUGUUGUUUUCCUUUGAAGGCUAGUCAUCUGUAGAGAAGAGAUAAAAACUGUGACAAUAGUACAAUUGUUAUUUCCUGUUUUCAUGUGGAAUCUCCUCUUUUUAAAGAUGUGUUCAUUUAGUAUUUUCCUUCCUGUUUCAGAGAGGCUUUGUUUCUCAUCUAUAGAGAUACUUCUCAAAGUAUGUUCCAUCAUAUUUUGUUCCGUCUUUUGACCAGGUGUCUUUCUUACAUGUCAUAUUCCUAACCUCUUGUACUUGUUAUGCUCAAUCCAUUUAGCCCUAAUCUAAAGUCUCUAUUUUUGUAUGAAUUUGCAGGACUUAUUAGUGUUAUCAACAUUGUAGUCUGGAUUUUUGUUUUGUGGAAGAAGCAGUUGUCUGUUAAAAUUGUGAUGGUUAUAAAUGUAAUUUAUUGCAAAA